CAACAUAACCUUAACAAUGUCUGACUCUGAAGUGGAGAGCGGCUCAGAAAUCAGCGAAAAAAGUGUUGAAUCCCUUGAGAAUGGGGUUGGAAAUGGUGUUAGCGACGUGGAGGAGAAUGGGGCGGAUGCGGAGAGUAAAGAAUCUUCACUGACUUGGCAGGAUUUGGGACUGAAUGAUGUUCUCUGUGGAGCCUGUGCAGAGCUGAAAUGGAAGUCUCCUAGCAAGAUUCAGCGGGAAGCCAUUCCACUGGCGCUCCAAGGAAAAGACGUGAUAGGUUUAGCUGAGACGGGCUCAGGAAAGACUGCAGCAUUCGCCUUGCCAAUUCUGCAAUCGCUAAUGGAAACUCCACAAUCCCUAUUCGCUCUCGUCCUGACACCAACGCGAGAAUUGGCUGACCAGAUUGGAGAUCAGUUUAAGGCGUUGGGAAGCGGAAUCGGGCUGAAAGUGGCUGUAAUUGUGGGCGGAAUGAACAUGACAGCGCAAUCUCUGCAGCUGGCAAAGCGCCCUCACAUCAUCAUCGCCACGCCCGGACGCUUGAUAGACCAUUUGGAGAACACGAAGGGAUUUGACCUCGACAGGAUAAAAUAUCUCGUGAUGGAUGAAGCAGAUCGCAUCCUCAACAUGGACUUCGAGGUGGAAUUGGACAAGAUAUUGAAGGAAAUUCCGCGAGAGCGCCGCACAUUUCUCUUCAGCGCCACAAUGACGAGCAAAGUGAGGAAAUUGCAGAGAGCUUGUCUACGAGAUCCUGUGAAGGUGGAAGUAUCUAGCAAGUAUCAGACAGUAGACAAGCUUCAGCAGAAGUACGUCUUCGUCCCGGCCAAGUUCAAGGAUGUUUAUCUGGUGCACGUCCUGAAUGAACUCGCGGGGAACAGUUUCAUGAUCUUCUGCAGCACGUGCAACAACACUCUGCGGACGGCGCUCAUGUUGAGAGAACUGGGCCUGGCGGCGGUGCCGCUGCAUGGCCAGAUGUCGCAAAACAAGCGACUGGCGGCACUGAACAAGUUCAAGGCGAAGAGUCGCUCGAUUUUGAUCGCCACUGACGUGGCUUCGAGAGGUCUGGACAUUCCUCACGUGGACGUCGUGCUGAACUUCGACAUCCCCACGCACAGCAAGGACUACAUCCAUCGUGUGGGCCGAACAGCUCGUGCUGGACGAUCGGGAAAGGCAAUCACGUUCGUCACGCAAUACGACGUGGAGUUGUAUCAGCGUAUUGAACACUUGAUUGGGAAGCAGCUGGAACAGUAUCCGUGCGACAAGGACGAGGUGAUGGUGCUCCAGGAGCGGAUUGGCGAAGCGCAGCGCGCAGCUAAAGUUGCGCUGAAGGAGAUUGAGGAUCGCAAGAGUGGCGGGAAGAGGAAGAAUGCCGAUGCAAGUGACGACGACACGGAGCAAUUUGUGGGUGUGAGGAAGAGGAUAAAGAGCUCACAGGGAGCGAAAGGUGGGAAAUUCAAGAAGAUGAAGAGGAAAUAAAUACCGUUGAAUUUAAA